AGCUGAAUAUGAAUGGCGCAUCCCUCCUACAGGAUCCCUACAGAUCAGGACAGUAAUUUUAGUUGUUACUAUUACAAAUUGGUGGAAGAAGUAUAUUAAAUUUCAAUAAACGUGAAAUAAAUAUUUCUUAUAUUUUAGUUAAAUAAUUAAAAUCAAAUAGUGUUUUUAAUAGUGAAAUCCAGUAAUAUUAAAGAAUAAGUAUGGAUGUUGAUUAUAAAGAUUUAUCACACGAUGAGGAGCUUAUUUUGAGGUUAAAACAAUUUCAUGAAGCAACCUUAAAAUUCGAAGAAAAACUUGAUCUUAUUAAUAAUCCUGAUUUAUAUGAUAAACUUUCUAAUAGUGACAAAAUUAAAUAUAAUUUAUUAAUGUCUUAUAGUCUUAAUAGCAUGUUCUGGAUGUAUUUACGUACUAAAGGUAUUGACCCAUCGAAACAUCAAAUUAAAAAUGAAAAUGAUAGAUUAAAAAAAUCAAUGAUACGUGCAAAACAAAUUGAAGAUAAAAAGACACUUAUGCCACGUAUAAAUAAAAAUGCAGCAAAAAGAUUUAUAAGGAAUAGUUUAUGGGAAUCAAAAGUAAAUGAUAAAGAUAAUAAUACCGUGAUACAGCCUACUGUGAAAAAUUUUAAUUGAAUUUAUAAUUGACAUUGUAUAUCAGUAUACAUCAAUGUAUUACUUCUUGUAAUAUUUUGUACAUUUUUUUAAA